UUCUGAUGCCGUUUCCAAUUGCCUUGAGUAAAGUAGGAACAUUCUAUGGCUUGGAUGACUUACAUUUCAAAUUGGUUUGAGCAAGAUGAUUGGUAUGAAGGACUACAAAGAGCGAACAUGUCGCAGGUCAGACAAGUGGGCCUGCUGCCUGCCGGGUGUCAGCCCUGGAACAAAGAUGUCUGUGCUGCCCAUGGAGACAGGUUCGCCUAUUGUGCUACCUUGGCCAUCUAUAUCUAUCAGUUGGAUCACCGUUAUAAUGAAUUCAAACUUCACGCAAUUAUGUCUGAACAUAAAAAAACAAUCACAGCUCUCUCUUGGUGCCCACAUAACCCUGAUCUGUUUGCAAGUGGCAGUACCGAUAAUUUAGUGAUCAUUUGGAAUGUUGCAGAACAAAAGGUCAUUGCUAAACUGGACAACACAAAAGGGGUGCCCGCCUCUCUUAGCUGGUGCUGGAAUGCAGAGGAUGCUGUGGCCUUCGUUUCCCACAGAGGCCCCCUCUUCAUCUGGACCAUCUCAGGCCCAAACAGCGGUGUGUCUGUGCACAAGGAGGCUCAUAGCUUCUUGUCUGACAUCUGCAUGUUCAGAUGGCACCCUCAGAAAAAGGGGAAAGUCGUGUUUGGACAUAUUGAUGGAAGUCUAUCAAUUUUUCAACCAGGUAGCAAAAGCCAGAAACAUGUCCUGAGACCUGAGUCACUUGAAGGGACCGAAGAAGAGGAUCCAAUUACAGCCUUGGAAUGGGACCCAUUAUCCACUGAUUAUCUUCUUGUAGCUAAUUUACACUUUGGAAUUCGCCUCCUUGAUUCAGAGUCACUUUACUGCAUAACAACCUUUAAUUUCCCCAGUGCAGCGGCUUCUGUCCAAUGUUUGGCCUGGGUUCACAGUGCCCCUGGGAUGUUUGUAACUGGUGAUUCUCAAGUGGGUGUCUUGCGCAUUUGGAAUGUUUCCAGAACAACACCUAUUGACAAUUUUAAAUUAAAGAAAACAGGAUUUCACUGCUUGCAUGUACUCAGUUCUCCCCCAAGGAAAAAAUUUUCUCUCCACUGUCCGACCAAAAAUCAUUAUACAUCUUCAACAAGUGAGGCAGUUCCACCUCCGACUUUGACUCAGAACCAAUCAUUCUCCCUUCCCCCUGGCCAUGCAGUUUGCUGUUUUUUGGAUGGUGGAGUUGGACUUUAUGAUUUAGGAGCCAAGAAGUGGGAUUUUCUUAGGGACUUGGGACACGUGGAAACAAUCUUUGACUGCAAAUUCAAACCUGAUGAUCCCAAUAUUUUAGCAACUGCUUCAUUUGAUGGCACCAUCAAAGUUUGGGAUAUAAACACAUUAACAGCCAUAUAUACUUCCCCGGGUAAUGAAGGAGUUAUUUAUUCUAUUUCAUGGGCUCCAGGUGAUUUAAAUUGUAUUGCUGGUGCAACUUCCCGAAAUGGUGCUUUCAUUUGGGAUGUUAAAAAGGGCAAGAUGGUACAGCGGUUUAAUGAGCAUGGGAAAAAUGGAAUAUUCUGCAUUGCCUGGAGUCAUAAAGAUUCCAAGAGAAUAGCAACGUGCAGUGGUGAUGGCUUCUGUAUCAUUCGAACAAUUGAUGGUAAAGUGCUACACAAAUACAAACAUCCAGCUGCGGUGUUUGGUUGUGACUGGAGCCAAAACAACAAAGACAUGAUAGCAACUGGCUGUGAAGACAAAAAUGUCCGUGUGUAUUAUGUAGCAACCAGCUCUGAUCAACCUUUGAAAGUGUUUAGUGGCCACACCGCCAAAGUCUUCCACGUGCGAUGGUCUCCGCUGAGGGAGGGGAUUCUCUGCAGUGGCUCUGACGAUGGUUCUGUUCGAAUUUGGGAUUAUACUCAAGAUACGUGCAUAAAUAUUCUGAGCGGCCACACUGCACCAGUGAGGGGAUUGAUGUGGAAUACCGAGAUUCCAUAUCUGCUCAUAUCUGGCAGCUGGGACUAUACUAUAAAAGCCUGGGACACUCGAGAAGGGACCUGUCUGGAUACGGUAUAUGACCAUGGUGCAGAUGUAUACGGGUUAACCUGUCAUCCCAGCCGCCCUUUCACGAUGGCCUCUUGCUCCCGUGAUUCCACAGUGAGACUCUGGUCAUUAACACCUUUAAUUACGCCUUUAUAUAUAAAUAUUCUGGCAGACAGAUCUUGGGAAGAAAUCUUCGGGAACACUGACUAUGCUAUUGAACAAGGUACGCCUCCUCUACUGUGUGGUAAAGUGUCAAGAGAUAUUAAACAAGAAAUAGAGAAGUUAACCGGUAAUUCUCGAGUGAAGAAACUAAGGUGGUUUUCAGAAUGUUUAUCACCUCCAGGCGUCAGUGGCAAUUUAUGGAAUUUAGUUGCUGUAAUCAAAGGGCAAGACGAUAGCUUACUUCCUCAUAAUUACCGAAAAGGAAUAAUGCAUUUGAAACAUCUGAUUAAAUUUAGAACUUCUGAAGCCCAAGAGCUAACCACUGUCAAGAUGUCUAAAUUUGGUGGUGGCAUUGGUGCCCCAACUAAAGAGGAGAGACUGAAGGAAGCUGCUGAAAUACACUUGAGGCUAGGACAAAUUCAGAGAUAUUGCGAGCUUAUGAUUGAACUGGGAGAGUGGGACAAAGCCUUGUCAAUUGCACCAGGUGUCUCUGUGAAAUACUGGAAGAAAUUAAUGCAGAGGAGAGCUGAUCAAUUAAUCCAGGAAGAUAAGGAUGAUGUUAUUCCUUACUGCAUAGCUGUUGGUGAUGUGAAAAAAUUAGUCAAUUUUUUUAUGUCAAGAGGUCAACUUAAAGAAGCUUUGCUUGUUGCACAGGCUGCUUGUGAGGGGAACAUGCAAAGCAUACAUGUCUCUACACCCAAAGGACCUUCAUGUUCUGAUGAGACCUACAAGGAAGAUUUUAAUGAACUCCUGCACCAAGUGAGUAAAGAACUGGCAGAAUGGUAUUUUCAGGACGGCCGGGCAGUGAUGGCCGCAUGUUGCCACCUAGCUGUAGAUGAUAUUGAGCUUGCUAUGGCAUACCUGAUUCGUGGGAAUGAACUGGAGUUGGCCGUCUCUGUGGGCACAGUCCUAGGAGAUUCUGCCGCAACAGCAACACACUAUGCCCUAGAAUUAUUGGCAAGGAAAUGCAUGAUGAUUCCAACAUGCUUUCCAUCUGUUGGAUACAGGAACUUGGCAGCUGAUCUUCUUCUAAUGACUCCUAAUAAUGAACUACAGUUAGUAAAACUUUGUGCUUUUUAUCCAGGAUGUACAGAAGAGAUUAAUGAUCUUCAUGAGAAGUGCAAGCUUCCCACAGUAGAAGAAUGCAUGAAGUUAGCUGAGUUAGCUCAUGCAGAUGGCAAUAUAUUUGAAACUGUAAAGUAUUAUUUAUUAAGUCAAGAACCAGAAAAAGCUCUUCCAAUUGGUAUUGACUUCAUAAAAGAAUACAUUAAUAGUUCGAGCUGGACUUUGGAUACCAUUUACCCUGUUCUGGAUCUCCUGAGUUAUAUUCGUACUGAAAAAUUAGUCUUGCAUUCAUGUACUGAAGCGCGAAAUGAAUUGCUCAUAUUAUGUGGUUAUAUUGGUGCAUUACUGGCAAUCAGAAGACAGUACCAGAGCAUUGUCCCAGCUCUCUAUGAGUACACGAGUCAGUUAUUAAAACGUCGGGAGGUGUCAGUACCAUUAAAAAUUGAACAUCUUUCUGAGGAAUUGGAUGCAUGGAGAGCUUGUACACAGUCCCCUGAAAGGUCAUCAGGAGACUCUCCAGGUACACCCCCUUCUAAUUCACAAAGAUUGCUAUAUGCCACUUUAUUAAAGAGACUGCAGGAAGAGCCACUCAGGGAAAUUGUCGGACCAGACUAUGUCACCGGGUCGAAUCUUCCAAGUCAUUCCGAUAUUCACAUCUCUUGUCUUACAGGAUUAAAAAUCCAGGGCCCUGUAUUUUUCCUUGAAGAUGGGAAGUCUGCUAUCUCACUGAAUGAUGCUUUGAUGUGGGCAAAGGUGAAUCCAUUCUCACCUUUAGGGACUGGAGUUCGACUCAAUCCUUUUUGAUAGAAGUUUUUCACCUUCAUGCUUAAUUAUUUUUGUAAAGAAGUACUUUUAAGGGUUAGUAUUCGCUUAUCCUUUGUUGCCUAAAGCCAAAGGUUGGA